AUGGGGAUGGACAGGGUGACCAGUAGAAGGCCGCAGAACCCCCUUGAACACCCGCUUAAGACCCCGGAUGAAUUCCGGCGAUUUGAUACUACCCUCUCAGACGCCUUCAACCGUCAGCAACUGGCAAACUUCCUAGCCACGCUGGGCGGAAAAGAUGUCGCCCAUUUCGCCAGAAACAUCUUCCGAGCUCUGUUCGACAGGGAAAUCAGUGCCCAUUUGAAUUAUUCCGGACAGGGCAAGAAGGUCGGUCUCGAACUCUCCAACAUCUACUCAGUAAUUGAAAACGUUUUCGCUGACUGGGAUGCGGAGCGUAAGCACUCCAAGCGAGAUCUUGUAGAAGCCAUCCGCCGUUGCUUUAAACAAGACUACGAUGCUCUGAGACAGCGAAUUCGUCGAGCAGCCGAAGUAUUAGAUAGUCAAGGUUGGUGGACUGUUCGCCCCUGA